CUUCCUCUCGGCAUUUAAUCAAUCAGUAAAGAUCACUCGGGUGCUUGUAAUAUAUAAAUUAAUGAAACGCCAAUAUGGUCGAUGAUUCGCGAUCUGUCUUGAACAGAAACUAGUUCAUACAAUAUUUAAAAUGACAUUCAAAGUUACGUUCUCUGUGAUGCUCCUAGUCAACGUUGCAUUAGCGUUACAACCGAUGUUCGAGGGAUUCGAGCAAUACAGCGGUGCCGAGGCAGUCGAAUAUGAUAUACGAGUUAAGAAAAUUAAUCGCACAACGACGGCACUGACUGGAAAAAUCAUCAUAAAAAAAGAAUUGGGUACAGAUUUUAAGUUUACCAUGCGCUUCUUUCAUAGUGCAUUGGGGAAUCAACAGUUCGUUCACUACCCAAUGAAAAUUCCCGAGUCCGAUGUGUGCUUUUUUACCAAGUAUAUAUAUCCUGAUUACGAAAAGUACUUUGUGGAUUACUAUACCAACUUGAUAAACGCCGGUGAUUGCCCGGUAACGCCGAGGGUGAUCGAGGUGAACAAUCACGUCCUCGAUAAGAAAAUGUUUCCCAGAUAUUUACCGGCAGGUUUUUGGAAGGCUAUCCUGUACGGACAGGGUCCCGGAGACAAUGUAAGCUUCUCGAUAACGGCGAACGCCCGCGGGGACAAUUACUAUGGAGGAUGACUUGUUGACCGCGUUGGAAUCAUCGUCACAAUGGGAAUCUGGAUUCGAUUCGGUUCCCCACGGGGUAGCUUUAAGUUCAUAGGUGUACAAUUUUUGUUUUCCAAACAUCCACAGUUGUAGAAAGGU